AUGCCGGCCGAGAUCUUCCACCAAAUCUUCUCUUACUUCAUCUUCGAAACACACAAAGAAACACUCUCGUCAUGCGCACUGGUAUCCAAGGUCUGGCUGCAGCUCGCUCGGCCUCACCUCUUCGCCAUGAUGAAAGUCGAACGCAAGCGUUGCUUCUCUACCUUUCUGCGCUGCAUCGAUCUUCGUCCAGACCUGGCAGGGCACAUCCAAGAGCUCACCUUCGCUUCGGCUCGUUGUCGUUCCAGGGAAGACGCGGACGAAUGCUGCUGCGACGAUCAUGAGAGGCCAAAGGAUGACCGGGAAGCCUGGCCUCCGUCACCGCGACUGGACUUGGGUGCUUUCACGGCCAUGUUCCCGAAGCUCACGAAGCUGAAGGAGCUCAUGCUCGAAGAAAUCACGGUCGCAAUUCCUAAAUCUGCCCCCUCCGCAUCGCCGGACGCCAAUGCAGACUGUGCCCGGACGCUUGAGGUCCUCGUAAUCAAAGACGUAACGACCUGCGAGCAUGACAAUGGUCCCGUAUUACCCGCUAUUCUGGACGCCUUAUCUCCUUCCUCGAUCGAAAGUCUAACAUUCGACCGCUUGGGCAACAAGCCCCGCUGCUCAAUUCCGGACCAUUCGGAGGAAACAGAUGUCACGCUCGUAGCCAAUCUGCUCGACCUAUGGGGAACCCGACCUCCGCUUGACGUACAACAUCUCUCGCUCUCCGACCCCAGCUGGGUAGGUACAGCUGCGCACUUCCGAUUCUACGAGCAGAAAAUGGUCCAGCCGGGCUGCCUGUGUUCACUGGUAACCCGAUGCGACUCUUGGAAGAUCACAGAGCAGCUGUUCGCCUUCUUGCAUACAUGCGGGAGCAAGCACUUCGAAUGCCUUGAAUUGGAUAUCAUCCCGCUAGUGGAAGGUGAAAUGUCCUUCACAAUCAAAGAGACUCCAGUCUACCUCCGUCGCGGUGGCGUGACUUCGCUUCGGCUAUUUCCUCCCUCAAGACGCUUAGUGACCUACGCUUGA